AUGAAGGACAUUGAAGUGAUUAGUAUCCUGUCAGACGACGGCAUGGCCACUGCCAGCUCAACCCGUUCGUCCCCGACGAGGAACAGAAGAAAAAGGAACAAAGCAUACAGUCCGGACAGAACUGGGAGCAGUUCAGGUGAAGAUACGGUGCGCUCGCCCAACAGAGCCACAACAUCCAAGACAUUGUCUAAAAGGGGUCGAGGAAGACCGUCCACAAUAGGGCAAUACGUUGGCCUCACGGCCGCCAAGGAGGCGCACCUGAAGGCCCAACGCGAGGAGAUGGCGCUGCUCGCCGAAAAGGAGAUUAUGGAGAGCGUCCGGAACCUCAGGGUGAAGGAGAACUCCGUCGCGGGCAGUACCGGGGAACCCAGACCCGAUCCUGAAAAUAGACUGGAGGAGACCGCAAAAUUGGCCGUCAAUAUUGCGGCAAAGUCAGAAAACCUGAAGGGUACAUACGUACGUGCCCUGAAGGAGAUGGCUUUCGCCAUUCGAGAGGCCAAGGAAGAAAUGGCAGCGAGGACUACCGACGGUGAAAAUAAGAGGCUGCAGGAGCUCUGCAGCAGGCAGGAGGCUGAGAUCCUGCACAUGAAGAAGGCGAUCGCCGACAUGAGGUCGGAGAUAGCGCGCCUGGCCCAUGCAGUGGGAUCACCGGCAGCCAUACCCGCCCCCGCCCCGAUCCAACGGAGCGACGAUGAGGAGGAGCGGCGCCUCCAGCGCAUCAUGCGUGCCGUCGGAACGAUGCUAGACGCGCGCCUCGCAGUGAUGGAAGCACGGCUGCCGCCGGAGCCAAGGCUGAGGCCACCACUGGCCGCAGACCACAGGAGGAGCCGCGCUCAGGAAAAGACGCCGACACCACCAAUGGCAGCAGAAUCAAUGCCGACGCCCGAACCAACAGCUGCGGUCGCGACCGCGGCACCCAACGGUGGCGGCCUACAGAAAAAGAAGGCGCCGAAAAACAGGCAGCAGCCGGUUCCCACAGAACCACGGACAUUCCCCCCCGCCCCAGCUGCUCUGACGGAAGCGUGGACGACGGUAGCCCGAAGAGGCGCCAAGCCGAGGACGGCAACGGCGACCGGCACCGUGCCCGCUCCACCGCCCCUGAAGGAAAAGAAGAAGAGACUCCGGCCACCGCGCUCGCAGGCGGUUAUUGUCAAGCUGCAGCCGGAGGCCAUCGAGCGCGGAGUCACCUAUCGGUCAGUCCUCGCCGAGGCUAGGGCUAAGAUCGAUCCGGCAGAGCUGGGGAUCCCUAUCCAGCGGAUACGCUCUGCGGUGACGGGAGCAAAAGUAUUGGUCGUAGACGGCGCCGACCAGUACGAAAAAGCCGAUUUGCUGGCGAAUAAACUACGGGAGGUUUUGCCCUCGGACAGCAUUGUCGUCUCGAGGCCAACAAUAACGGCCGCUGUCAGACUGAGCGGCCUCGACGAAUCCAUAUCCCGGGAGGAACUUGGUGCCGCGGUCGCCAGGAUUGGAGAGUGCCCCCCCGACACCGUGAAGGUUGGGGAAAUAAAAAUGGGCCCCGGAGGCACUGGCCAGGUCUUGGUCAGAUGCCCCAUAGCGGGCGUCAAAAGAAUAUUGGCCGUCGACAAGCUGCGGAUCGGGUGGAGCGUUCUUCGCGCACAACUCCUCGAGGCAAGGGCUCAGGACCUGCUGAUCCAGAGCAUGGCGGAGCGAUUGACCCAUCUAGCGGUCGUCGCCGAGCCCUACCGGGUCCCUUCGGUUCCCGACUGGGCGGGAGAUGUUGACGGCCUGGUGGCCGUGGUCCAGCGUCGGUCGGCGGUGGGCGCUCCGCCCGAAUUCGACGUCGUGCAGAGGGGUCGGGGCUACGUGGCAGUCUUCUGGGCAGGCUUGCUCGUCGUCGGGGUGUACUUCUCCCCCAACCGGCCGCUCGCCGAAUUCGAGUCCUUUCUAGACGAACUCGGUCAGGUAGUGGGGAGGUCGCACUCAAGGCGCGCGCUCGUUCUCGGGGACCUCAACGCGAAGUCGUCCGCUUGGGGUUCCCCGGUCACCUGUCCCAGGGGACGGGAGAUGGAGGAGUGGUUGGUCGGGAGCGGUCUCGUUGUCCUCAACCGCGGCGCCGAGAACACAUGCGUCCGUCGUUCGGGUGGGUCCGUGGUGGAUGUGUCGUUCGCGACCCCCGACGUCGCGCGCCGCGUCCGCGGUUGGAAAGUGUUGUCCGACGUGGAGACGCUCUCCGACCACCGCUACAUUCGUUUUCGUGUAUCCGCGGCCCCGGAGUCUUCGACGGUGACUUUGCACUUUGAUGGUGGCGCGGAGGGUCCGCGCUGGGCCCUGAAGCGCCUCGACGUGGAGCGACUGCAGGAGGCGGCCGUCGUCCAGGCUUGGCGGCGUCGGGAUGAGGAAGAGGAGGACCGGGCGUACGAAGCUUACCGGGUGGACGUGCGCGCCCUGCGCGUCGCGAUCGGGGAGGCGAAGGAAGCGGCGUGGAAGGAGCUGCUCGAGACGCUGGACCGUGACCCGUGGGGGCGACCCUAUCACACCGCGCGGAGCACCAUGCGCCCCUGGGCCCCACCCACGACGAGUACCCUGCCGCCUGACAUGGUGCGGCAUGUGGUCGGCGGACUGUUCCCGAGCGCACCCGAGAUUCCCUUUGUUCCCCCAGUCAUGUCGUCAGCACGAGACGGGGCUUGGGCCGAAGAAGAGGACGACGUGUCGCCAGCGGAAUUUGAUGCGGCCGUCGAAAAAAUGAAACUAAAAAGAACGGCGCCAGGUCCCGAUGGAAUUCCAAAUCGGGCCUGGGCGCUGGCAUUGAAGAUGGAAGGUGGCCUGGGACCUGUCCUCCGAGGGCUGUUCAGCAGGUGCCUCCGAGAGGGUAGGUUCCCGGCAAUAUGGAAAAAAGGUAGGUUGGUUUUGAUUCCGAAGGAGGGGCGCCCCAGGGAUCAACCCUCGGGGUAUCGCUCGAUCGUCGUCCUGGACGAGGCCGGCAAGCUCUUGGAGCGCGUCGUCGCCAGUCGCCUCGUUCAUCACUUGGAAAAUCAGGUGGACUUUUAA